GUCCCCCGUGUGGAUCUCCCGGUAUUCCCACAUGCCCGGGUACAGUUGCCGCAAACAAAACCUCAGGGCCUACUCAGAUAUCACAACCCAUCAGGCGGUAAAGCCCCAAUGUGUCGUCAACCUCCUCUGCAUGUACUGACUGUACAUAAAAGGAAAUGACCAGCAUCGAGGUAUCCCUAGCCCCAACAACCUGUAACAUUAACCAUUCAGCUGUGCUCUCACCUCUCUCAUCUCACUCCUCUCUCCCCGAAAAGGAACAGAAUGAGACAACGCCGGCGCGACAGAAGAAAACAAACUGUUGGUGUGCGACGGAGGACGCAGAAGCGAGGCCAAGACCCUCGAGCCUCUCACAAUGGGGAGCUAUCACCUCGCCCGUCAUUGGUUGGGAUCGGUCGGCUGUCACAUCUCGUAAACGGCGUGAUAUUGGGUUUACCUACACCACUCUGGAAUUCAGCAGAGAAAGAUUACCAAACACUGCGUCCGGCGUCUAUGGAAAAUUGCGGAUACCGGUGAAUGAUUUGUGCUGCAGGCGAGUGCGACGGGAGACUGGUGCCCAUAGCGGGUCAAGACAAGGGGUAGAGAACGUGAUUGAUCUGCUUUGCGCUCCCUCCCAACGCAUGCCACCCCACCUCCGGACUUAUUUGGUGGUGUCGUUCGACCGUAAUCAAAGUGUGUUGUGGCCUAUCACUUGGCUUGUCCCAUUCAUGUCGGCGCGAGAAUGGGAAUGAUGCUGAGAUGGUGUUGUCCUUGAAGCUUGAAGCGU